AGAAAGUACAGUAAACAGUUAAAUUAUGAAGAACCUCCCAGAUUUUAAAAGAUGAUGAACUAUUUUGCAUUUAUGUCAGUUACCAAGAGACUUCCAGUAUUUCUGCAAUAGUUCAAACUAGUGAUAGCAAACAUUGUGUUGCAAAUAAAUAUCAGAAAAAGAAUAGAAGAUGGACAUUAUCGAUGUGAGAACUUCAAGACCAAAGACAAAGUCUGGAUUCAGUUCUCUGGAAAAGAUUCUCAUCUGCCUGGCUGUUCUGUUUGGCAUUAUAGCCAUAGCUAUGAUAAUCGCAUUUGCAAAAUAUGAUGAUGGAGUUUGCAAAACACCAGCAUGUGUCAAAGCAGCAUCCCGCAUCAUUACCACAAUGGACCCUACUGCUGAUCCUUGUAAAGAUUUUUUUCAGUAUGCAUGUGGGGGUUGGCUUAAGAAAAAUGUUAUUCCAGAUACUGCAUCUACACAUGACAACUUUGCAAUUAUUAGAAGAGAAAUUGAAGAAGUUUUGAAAAAUGUCCUUGAAAAGACAGAUAGUAAUGACAUUCCAGCUGUACAAAAAGCUAAAAUAUUUUACCAGUCCUGCAUCGAUGAAAAUACAAAAAAUAUCAGGAAAGGAGAACCAUUAAUCAAGAUGUUGCCUGAAAUAUCUGACUGGCCCGUAGCUUUGGACAACUGGGAGGAAGACUAUGGUACUCAAUGGUCAUUUGAGAAGACAAAUUCCAUUUUAACUUCAAAGUAUGGAAAAAGUGGACUUAUUGCUAUAUAUGUAACAGUGGACUUCAAGGACACCAAUGUUUAUAGUUUAUAUAUUGACCAUUCAAAGCUUCUGCUUCCCUCAAGAGAUUAUUAUCAAUGCAAUGGCACAACUGCUGAGGUGUGUUCAACAUACAUGGAGCAAAUGAUUUCUGUUGCAAAACUAAUCCGCAAUGAGAGGAAUCUUUCUAUUGACGAUGACGGGAUUAGAGCACAAGUGGAAAAAGUUUUAGAACUGGAGAAAGAUAUUGCAAAUGCUGAAACACCAGACGUAAUUAGGGCUAAUCCAAAUAACGUUUACAAAAAGAUGUCACUUGCCCAGGUUGAGAAGGAGUACCCUCUAAAUAUCAGUGGAAAGGCGGUCAACUGGCUGAGCUUUGUAAAUGCAGUUAUGUCCCCUGGUGGGAUCACAGUUGAUGAAAAUGAACAAGUGGUUGUCUAUGCCUCUGAAUAUUUAAAGGCUUUGGCAACUUUUAUAAACAAAUACACUAAAAGAGAUAUACAAAACUACCUCGCAUGGAGUCAAAUUUUUUAUGCUGUCGGUGACCUGAGCAAAGAAUAUAAGGCUACUGAAGACAAAUUAACAAAGAUAAUGUAUGGCAUUUCAACAGAAGAUCCUCUUUGGCGCACCUGUGUAAAUUACCUCAAUAAUGUUUUGGAGGAUAUUAUUGGACGAUUGUAUGUGAAGGAGGCAUUUUCUGGAGAGAGUAAACAAGUGGUUAAAGACCUCAUCGCAGAGCUUCGUAAGGCAUUCUUAAAAAUGCUGGAUGAAAAUAAGUGGAUGGAUGACAAGACAAGAAAAAGAGCAAUAAUGAAGGCUUCAAAAGUACAAGAACAUAUUGGUUACCCUGAUGAAAUUAUGAAUGAUGACUCACUGAAUGAAAUAUAUAGAGAGAUUGACUAUAAAGCAAAUGAAUAUUAUGAAAACAAACUGAAAAACCUGGCUUUAUCCAUAAAGAAAGGCUCAAGUAGACUCAGAUCGAAGGUGGACAAAAAUGAGUGGAUUGUUGGUGCAGCUAAACUGAAUGCUUUUUACCUUCCUACUCACAAUCAGAUAGUGUUUCCUGCUGGCAUUUUGCAACCACCAUUUUUUAGCUCAUCUGAGCCUAAAUAUAUGAUUUAUGGUGGAAUCGGCAUGGUAAUUGGGCAUGAAUUCACACAUGGCUUUGAUGAAACAGGUAAAAAUUUUGAUGAAGAUGGUGCCCUUAUGAACUGGUGGAGUAACCAUUCAAUGACAAACUUUAAUGAUUUGAAACAAUGCUUUGUGCACCAAUAUGGCAGCUUCUCAUGGGAUGUUGCUGGAGGAAAGAAACUAAAUGGCCUCAUUACAUUAUCAGAAAAUAUUGCGGACAAUGGUGGACUAAGAGAAUCUUACAGGGCUUACCAAGACUAUGUAAGAAUACACGGAAAAGAGAAAAAACUCCCUAGUAUCGAUAUGAACACUGAGCAACUAUUCUUCAUUAGUUUAGGACAGGUCUGGUGUGGAAUGUACAGACCUGAGUAUGCUGUCACAACAAUUGCUACCAGUACUCACAGCCCCAAUAUGUUCAGGGUUAAUGGAGUUUUGCAGAAUUUCCCAGAGUUUUCACAGGCCUUCUCCUGUAGCAGUGGUGACUACAUGAAUCCACCAAAAAAAUGUCAUUUGUGGUAACAUAAUGCCUUUAAAAGAUUGUUAAUCAUGUUUAUCAAAUACUUAUUGUAAUGUAAAAGCUCACUUUCCUAUUUAACAGGCAAUUCUUGUAAACUAGAGAGCAUGCAAGUAAGCAUGCACAAGCAUGUUUUACACAGAAUCCUGGGGUGAGAUUUUUGUUGGCAAGAUGAGAAUGUGUUCAUCCCAUAACAGUUCUCAUUAGGUAAAAGGCUGAACUCAGAUGUCCUCUAAUGGAUUGAUUCACAAGCAUAACACAAACACAAGCACAGACAUGUACAAUUCACCAGGACUUAACUCCAACAUGUCCUUGUAAAAAAUGAUUCUUAGAAAUUGUCAGGGAUAACAACACACACUACAAGCACUACGUACACAUAAUACACACACUAUAUGCACAUACUACACACACACAUUACACACACUAGGUACACAUACUCCACCCACACACUACACACAUUAUAUGCACAUAUUACACACACACACCUUACACACUACUACGUACACAUACUACACACACACACACUACAAACACUGUGUACACAUACUACACACACACACACUAUAUGCACAUACUACACACACACACUACACACUGUGUACACAUACUACACAAACACACUACACACACUAUAUGCACAUACUACACAAACACAAAAUACACACACUAUAUGCACAUACUACGUACACAUACUACACACACUAUAUGCACAUACUACACACACUAAGUACACAUACUACACACACAAACUGCACACACUAUAUGCACAUACUAUAUACAUACACUAUGUACAUAUUCUAUACAAACACACACACUACACACACUAUAUGCACAUACUACACACACACACACUGCACACACUAUAUGCACAUACUACACACACACUACACACACACCCUUACACACACACAUACUACACACACUGUAUGCACAUAAUACACACUCACACUACGUACACAUACCACACACACACCCUUACACACACACUACACACACUAUAUGCAAAUACUAUACAAACACACACUACACACACUAAGUACACAUGCUACACACACACACCAAGGUUUCUAAGGUGCUUAUAUUUCUUACGUGAAUGAUUCACUCAUGUCUAAAAUCAAUUAAACAUGGAGAAGUGCUGUUCUGAGCACAUCGCUUUAUAUUUCUUAUGCAAUAUAUGGAAUCUGCUUCUGUCUCUCCUGUCCUCAUUGUGUCUUACCUUCUACACGUAUACACACUUACACUCACACAUAUACACACAUGUACGCACACAUAUACACAUACAUAUACACACUCACACACACAUAUAUGUAAACAUAAACCCAAAUGCAGACAUCUACAUACAUGCGCACACACACACUUCACAUACACAUACACAAACACAUAUACACACAUACAUACAAACACACACACACAUAUAUAUAUAUAUAUAUAUAUAUAUCACACACAGAACCAUUCACACAUAUGGACACAUACACUAUACUGAAAGUUGUGGUGAAUGCUGACUAUUACCGCUAGACUUCUCCAUAAUCCUGGUCCAUGUGCAUUCACACACACAUUCACACGCACACACACACACACUCUCUCUCUCUAUCUCUCUCUCUCUCUCUCUCUCUCUCUCUCACACACACACACACACACUCUCUAUCACACACACACACUCUUACACACACACAUUCACACACACACAUAAACUGGGCAUUUCCAUUAGUUUUGGACCAGGAGGAAACUUUUAAUAAAUAAGAAAUGUAGCAUUUCCCUAUAUUUAACCUUGAAUAGACAAGUAACAUUUUCUUCCCGAAUAGUAAUAUAUAGCAGUAUGGAAAAAAUGAAGAAGAAAAAAAUACUCAGAACUCAAAUAUCUUUUUGAAUAAAGCUCCUUCUUCAUGACAAAACAUAUAAAAAGAUUGUAAAAUACACACACAGAUAUAUAUAUAUAUAUAUAUAUAUAAUAUAUACACACACACACAUAUAUAUAUAUAUAUAUAUAUAUAUAUAUAUACGUAUAUAUAUAUAAAGACCUAGAGAUAGUAGCAGACAGACAUUUAUAUCAACAGUCCAUCAUAUAGGUUGACAUAUAUAUAAUAUUUUAGUAGCCCCUCCAAAGUAUCCAAAGUAAUGCAAAUAUAUGUCCUUUUUUCCUAUGCAACAUCAACCUCACGAGGAGUCCCCCCAUGGAUAAAAUAAGUAUGGGGGCUGUACCUGUUAUAAUUGAGAGAACUAAAAAUGGGGCUGUGUAGCACCCUCCAUUAAAACAGCCAACAUGCCUUUUGCCAUUAUGCAUUACAUUUUCCCUCAACUAAAAAGCCAAAAAAGGAAGAAAAAAGCAAAAUGAGAUUUAUAAGUGUGAGUUUUUCUUAAAGGGACAUUAAACAAGUAUUUGUUUCUGCAAUCCAUUAAAAAGAAUUGCAUUAUUUACCUGCUUAUAUAGUUUUGCAACCCCCCGGAGUGCUUGUUUACAUUGCAUGCUGCCAGUUCCUAUUCUGUUAAAAGCCUUUGUUGUCUACUUGUAAGCAGGUAUAUUCAUUGGCUGAAUCCCCUGCUCCAUCUAAGAAGAGUUGUGCAUGCAAAAUGUUAAAAAAAAAAAAAAAAAAAAAGCAGGUAAGAAUUUAGAAUACAAAGCUGCAAUUAUUUUAAAAGAUAUAAAACACAGUUUGAAUUCCCCACAAAAUAUUUAAUUAUCCACAAUAAUACAACUUUUCCAUAACAUUUCAUUCUGUAUGGUUCCUCAAUUUCCUAUAAUUUAACCCUGACAAUUGUAUUUUUCCAUUUCCUGUGAGAAUUGUAAGUGCAUACUGCAGAUUUCAGAAGCCUAAUUUUGUUACAUUCUAGCCAGAGAUUGGUCACUGUAGUUGCUCAUUUAUAGUUGUCCCUACAGAGGAGAUAAGAGGCAUUUAGAAUAAUAUGUUUCUGAACAUCAAAAUGAAAGUUGAAAGAAAAUGUAUUGUGUAUGCAUUUUGUAAUUUAGUGUUGUAAAUAUAUAAUAUAUAAUAUGCAAAUAUAAAAUUAUUUUUAUGACAUUUUAAAUGCAUUGUAGCAACAAAUCAGGUUUAAUGUUUCUUUAAUUGUAUCCUAAUUAACUUGUUUUAGUUGUAUGUGUUAGUGUUCAGUUUAUAUAAAUGUUUAGAUGUUAUAAUUGACACAUUUGUUAAAUGUCUAUAUGUUAUAUGAGCAAAUAUUACAAGUAUUACAAAAUACUAACAAGGUUAUUUGUAGAAGAAAACUUAUGUAUAAGAAUGCACCUAUCCAGAAAAAGCCUUAUUGCAGGGUGCACACCAAGGAAACUGCCAAUCCACCCCAUAGUCACAGACAUCUCAUUUGCAAUGUUUUAAUGUAUCCCCAGUAUAAUCCUAAAAUAUGUAAAAUGUAUCCAAACAUUAGAAGCCAUAUCUACAAGUAAAGAAAAAGUUUGCUCUGAAGCUAAAAACAUUAGGCAAACUAAUAGCACUGCUUUUUUGUGCAAAUAAAAUAAAAGGGAAAUAGGAGAUGAAGGAAAUUAAUGUUUUACUGCCCUGCUAUACACAUUGCCCUGCUAUAUACACUGCCCUGCUAUACAUACUGCUCUGCUAUACAUACUGCCCUGCAAUACACACUGCCCUGCUAUAUAAACUGCCCUGCUGUACAUACUGCCCUGCUAUACAUACUGCCAUGCUGUACUGCCCUGCUAUAUAUAUAAUGCUUUGCUAUACACACUACCAUGCUAUACACUCUGCCCCUGCUAUACACACUGCCAUAAUAUACACACUGCUAUGCUAUACAUACUGCCCUGCUAUACACACUGCCCUGCUAUACACACUGCCAUGCACAUACUUCCCUUCUAUACAUACUGCCCUGCUAUACACACUGCCCUGCUAUACACACUGCCAUGCACAUACUUCCCUUCUAUACAUACUGCCCUGCUAUACACACUGCCCUGCUAUACACACUGCCCUGCUAUACAUACUGACAUGCUAUACACACUACCAUGCACAUACUGCCCUGCUAUACAUACUGCUCUAGUAUACAUACUAUACAUACUGCCAUGCUAUACACACUGACAUGCUAUACACACUGCCCUGCUAUACAUACUGCCCUGCUAUACAUACUAAACAUAUUGCCAUACUAUACACACUACCAUGCUACUCAUACUGCCAUGCACAUACUGCCCUGCUAUACAUACUGCCCUGCUAUACACACUGCCAUGCUAUACACACUGCCAUGCACAUACUGCCCUGUUGUACAUACUGUCCUGCUGUACACACUGCCCUGCUUUACACACUUCCCUGCUUUACACACUGCCAUGCUAUACACACUGCCAUGCACAUACAGCACUGCUUUACAUACCGCCCUGCUAUACACACUGCUAUGCUAUAUACACUGCCCUGCUCUACAUACUGCCCUGCUUUACACACUGCCUUGCUAUACAUACUGCCAUGCUAUACACACUGCCAUGUACAUACAGCACUGCUUUACAUACUGCCCUGCUAUACAUACUGCUCUGUUAUACACACUGCCCUGCUAUACACACUACUAUGCUAUACAUACUGCCCUGCUAUACACACUGCCCUGCUUUGCACACUGCCCUGCUAUACAUACUGACAUGCUAUACACACUGCCCUGCUAUACAUAUUGCCCUGCUAUACAUACUGCCCUGCUAUACACACUGCAAUGCACAUACUGCCCUGCUUUACAUACUGCCCUGCUAUACACACUGCCCUGCUUUGCACACUGCCCUGCUAUACAUACUGCCCUGCUACACACACUGCCCUGCUAUACAUAUUGCCCUGCUAUACACACUGCCCUGCUAUACAUACUGUCAUGUUAUACAUAAUAUACACACCGCCAUGUUAUACACACUGCCCUGCUAUACAUACUGCCAUGUUAUACACAUUGCCCUGCUAUACACACUGCCAUGAUAUACAUACUGCCAUGCUAUACACACUGCCAUGCUAGACACACUACCCUGCUUUGCACACUGCCCUGCUAUACAUACUGCCCUGCUAUACAUACUGUCCUGCUAUACACACUGCCAUGCUAUACACACUGCCAUGCUAUACACACUGCCCUGCUAUACAUACUGCCCUGCUAUACACACUGCCAUGCUAUACACUCUGCCCCUGCUAUACACACUGCCAUAAUAUACACACUACCAUGCUAUACAUACUGCCCUGCUAUACACACUGCUCUGCUAUACAUACUGCCCUGCUAUAAAUACUGCUCUGCUAUACACAACACAAUACCAUGCUAUACAUACUGCCAUGAUAUACAUACUGUCAUGCUUUACACACUUUCCUGCUAUACAUAGUGCCCUGUUUUACACACUGCCCUGCUAUACAUAAUGUCAUGCUAUACACAAUGCCCUGCUAUACACACUAUACACACUGCCAUGCUAUACAUACUAUUCACACUGCCAUGCUAUACAUACUAUUCACACUGCCAUGCUAUACAUACUAUACACACUGCCAUGCUAUACACAAUGCCCUGCUAUACACACUAUACACACUGCCAUGCUAUACAUACUAUUCACACUCCCAUGCUAUACAUACUAUACACACUGCCAUGCUAUACACAAUGCCCUGCUAUACACACUAUACACACUGCCAUGCUAUACAUACUAUUCACACUGCCAUGCUAUACAUACUAUUCACACUGCCAUGCUAUACAUACUAUACACACUGCCAUGUUAUACACACUAUACACACUGCCAUGCUAUACAUACUAUUCACACUGCCAUGCUAUACAUACUAUACACACUGUCAUGCUAUACAUACUAUACACACUGCCAUGCUAUACACGCUGCCCUGCUAUACAUACUAUACACACUGCCAUGCUAUACAUACUAUACGUACUGCCAUGCUAUACGUACUAUACAUACUGCCCUGCUAUACAUACUAUACACACUGCCAUGCUAUACGUACUAUACAUACUGCCCUGCUAUACAUACUGCCAUGCUAUACAUACUAUACACACUGCCAUGCUAUACAUACUAUAUGUACUGCCAUGCUAUACAUACUAUACACACUGCCAUGCUAUACAUACUAUAUGUACUGCCAUGCUAUACAUACUAUACACACUGCCAUGCUAUACAUACUAUACACACUGCCAUGCUAUACAUACUAUAUGUACUGCCAUGCUAUACAUACUAUACACACUGCCAUGCUAUACAUACUAUACACACUGCCAUGCUAUACAUACUAUAUGUACUGCCAUGCUAUACGUACUAUACAUACUGCCCUGCUAUACAUACUGCCAUGCUAUACAUACUAUACACACUACCAUGCUAUACAUUUCCUUACAUCAUAUGUGAUUUUUUUUCUCCCCUUUUUCUCAACGUUAAUUUUCCAGCUGGCUUGCAUCCCACACACCUGGAAUUUGAGAGAUAAAUAAAAGAAGAGAAAGCCUCUAGAGUUAAAAUAUCUAUAACAUAAGCUACACAGAAUAGUUAGAUGUGUUUUGUUCUUUUUAAAAUAUAUGUUGCUGCAAUGUUUAUGACUGUAGGGAGAUUUUUCUAUCUGUAGUAAAUACAGAACCACUAAUAAUACAAUUUGAAAAACAAAAUGGUAUGAGUCUUUUCUUUGGCUAUUUUCUUUAUGCGAUGAACUAUUCUCUUAAAAAGUCUACUUGUUUGUUAUAUAUAUAUAUAUAUAUAUAUAUAUAUAUAUAUACUGUAUAUACAUAGUCAACUAUUAGCUACUGUAAUAAGAUUAAUCUAAACUGCUGUUUAUGCACAGAUUAGUCUGUGACAAUAACCUGCUAAAAUACAGAAUUUUAUUCUAUGUCAUUUUAUUUUACACUGUUUUCUGUGUAUUGCCAAUUCAAUGUACUAAUAUCUAUAUCAUAGACAAUUGUAAUCUGUUUUAUGCCUGUAAUAUCCUUUUUGGAAGAAUGCAAAGAGUUAAAUGUAUGAUGUCUAAUAAGAAAUAAAUUUCAUUAUUAUUUUUA